AAUUUAACAUAAGUGGGAUAAAAAAUCUGCUCUUAUCUCGCGGAUAUCCUAUUAUUCAACGCAUUCUAAUUAUUAUCCAUGGCAUUAAUACAGGCAUCUUCAUGUACCUCAAAGUUAUUAGUCAUUACCAUCUUUUGUUUCUGGAUAAAUGAAUCUACUUCUGAUCAUGAAGACCUCAACUUCCCACCAGAACAUCUACCAUAUCAUCUAAGAUAUAAAAACGAAAGUUAUGGGGUAUCAGGAUUUCAGAAUGCUGGUGAAUUCUGCUAUGAUAAAGAAUCCUGUGCUAAAUUAGAUUCUAAGAGAAAACCUUGCUGGGGUUAUGAGGAUGACUGUAAAGAGGAAGAUAGAUAUAGCAAUCCAACUUGUACAACACAUCAUCCAGUAUGGGCCCAGACCAUAGAAGAUCAAAAGAACCUGUUCUUUGAGCAAGGUGACUUUGGCUAUGUUAAGAACAUCAAGAACCAAAUGUAUAAUCUCUGUAUCCCUAAAGAACCUAGUGACUCAUCACUGAGUUGCUCCAAAAACCUGUGUUUCUGCCGUGCUACAAACCUGUACAUAGAUUUUAGGAGACUGAAGCCUAAAGAUACCAAUGAUAGAUUCCGUGAAGAUGUCCUCAAACAGGGUGAAGUUGGUGGACACUGUGAAUUCAACAAGAAACUUCACCAUAGUCAAAAUGCACACAAAAGUGCUCUGCAAUCAUGGUAUGCAGAACUAGAACACUAUACAUCACUUCCAUUCAAACCUAUUGAAGAUGACAAGUGUGACAUCGUUAUUGAGAAACCAACUCUUCUAAUCAAACUAGAUGCAGGUGUCAGUAUGUACCACCAUUUUUGCGAUUUUAUCAACAUGUUUGCUUCACAGCAUGUGAAUGGCAGUUUCUCUACAGAUAUUAAUAUUGUUAUGUGGGAUACUAGUUCACUACCUUACCACGAUUUCUUUUCUGAUACUUGGAAAGCAUUCACUCGUCAUCCAAUCAUAAGACUUGACAAGUUUGACGGAAAAAGGGUUUGCUUCAAAGAUGCAGUAUUCUCUAUCUUACCAAGAAAGGUGUUUGGUUUAUACUUCAAUAUGCCAUUGGUACCUGGCUGCAUGGGAAGUGGAUUAUUUAAAACAUUUUCCCAUCAUGUUAUGCAUCGACUUGAUGUAAAACAUAUUGAGGAAGAGGAAAUCAGAAUUACUCUUUUGAUAAGAAACACAAAAUAUAGGAGAAUUCUCAAUGCAGAUGAGCUUUUUAGAGCCAUGGAGAGCGUACCUGUUUUUAAAGUAAAGAUGGUUGACUUCAAUCAUAAGAUGCCAUUUCUAGAACAGUUAAAAAUUACCCACAACACAGAUAUCUUCAUUGGUAUUCAUGGUUCUGGUCUCACUCACAUGCUUUUUCUUCCUGACUGGGCUGUUGUAUUUGAACUCUAUAAUACAGAAGACCCAGAAUGCUAUAGAGAUCUAGCAAACCUAAGGGGAAUGACGUAUAUGACAUGGGAAAACAAGGAUAAACUAUUUCAGGAAGAUGAGGGCCAUCACCCAACCAUGGGAGCCCACCCAAAAUUUACUAAUUAUGCAUUUAAUGUUGAUGAGUUUAUGAGAAUGAUCUACAAAGCAGCAGAGUUAGUGAGAGAAAAGAAAAAGAUCACCAAGAAAUCAGUAUAAGAUAGAACAUCUCUGUCCUAUAAUGUACUUGAAGAUGUAGUAUUAGAGAGUAAGGUAUCUUGUAGUAUGUAGGUAGGUGAAUUAUUUACAUUGUCUUCAGCGCUAAAAUCCAAUCCCAAGUCAAUCAUUUAUAAUUUUAUCGAAGAUCGACCAUCAAUCUCGAAAGUAGACAUUGAGUGGUUUUAAACAUUUGCAUUUGCAGCUGGGACUGCAUAGGGGGAGGCGGUAAUCUCCGUCAUUGCAUAACGUAUGUCGUGUUUUAUUGCUACUUUAAAACAUUUAAUAGACUAAAUCUCUAACAUUUUCCGUCGAUAUUUUAGAAUAACAGAUUAUUAAUUCGUUUUUACAGGCUCUUGAUACAAUCUUUGACGUUUUUAAUGAUUUUUAAAAUCAACAAAGGAUAUUUUAUUCAGCAAAAGCUUUUCAUAGAUGAUAAAUAUAGGCAAACUAAGGUAAACUAUGUAGUAGUGAUUUUAGAUUAUAGAAUAAAUGAUAUUCGGAGUUACGUAGUAUAACUGAUCAUGAUGGUGUAUCUUUGAUAACGUUUAUUUUUGAGGAAUGUCAUAACGAUACCUUAAACCCAAGAGAAUAUGAACUAAGAGAAGGAAUCCCCGUGCCCCAUCAUGUGCACACUUCGAGGCUAUUUUUAGAAGCUAUUCUAAAAAUAUCAUCCAAUGAUAUCA